AUGGACUUUGAUGAGGCCCAGCAGCGAUUCAAAUCCCUCAACCGAUAUCGAUCUGGUUAUUUUGGUGCUGCCGUCAAGCUCCAACCUGGUUAUACAGCUGGAGUCAUUACAUCUUUCUACCUUUCAAACAAUGAGGACUACCCCGGGUACCAUGAUGAGAUUGACAUCGAGUUUCUCCGGACAACUACUGAUAAGCCAUACACAUUGCAAACAAACGUCUACAUGAGAGGAAGUGGAGAUGGAAACAUUGUAGGCAGGGAGAUGAAGUUUCACCUUUGGUUCGACCCCACGAAAGAUUUCCACGACUAUGCUAUACUCUGGAGCCCUAACGAAAUCAUAUUUUUUGUCGACGACGUGCCAAUAAGAAUACCAAGAAAAAGUGAUGCCACAUUUCCUCUAAGACCUAUGUGGGUGUACGGCUCGAUUUGGGAUGCAUCAUCAUGCGCCACGAGGAAGCGAAAAUACAAAGCUGAUUAUCAGUACCAGCCCUUUGUUGCGGAGGUACAACAAUUUCAAUUAGGUGGCUGCACCACCAAUGCGCCUGCCACUUGCCCCCCUAUAUCUGCUUCUCCGGCGGGUCCUAGUGGGCAGCAGCAGCAAUAUGCAGCCAUGCGGAUCCAGAGGAACUACAAGGUUUAUGAUUAUUGCGCCGAUCCUAGCAGAGACCACACCCAUACACCUGAGUGCUAGGUCUUAUUGGGGGGAAAAAAUUUUAAAUUAAUAAAAGAAUAUAUCAAGGUCGAGCCUCAGCGAUUUAGAAGGCCCAAAUCCCCGUUUUCUUAAAUUUCACUCUUUCCUUAUUUAAAAAUUUAAAAAAAAAUAUGAAGUUGUUUUAAUUGUCUGGAGUGUUUUGAGAUGGGUCCACUUGCCAAGAAUAGAUGCAAGAGUAGUUGAAGCGUCCAGGCCUCCAAGAUUGGGAAGCGGAAUCCAUUUUGUUUUGUUUGUUGCAAUAAAUAUUUAAUGUAAUGCUCAUGUUAUUGUAUUUGGAAUAUGGCUGCAGUAGUAGAUAGAGAACGUAAGAAGUCAUGACACCAAAAAAAAAAAAAGGAAGAUCAAAGAUGUAUGUGUCGUGAAUUGGGAGUGUCUUCAUGAGGUUUAAUUGUAGAUGAGCUCAAAUGUAUGAUUAUCUUUUCUUGGUUAUAAUAAAGAAAAUUUGCGAAUUCAUUUAUGGAAA